GCGACAGGCUUCCAAUGUAAAAUCCACAGUUGUUAACCAGAAACCGGUGCAAGAUUAAGUAUCAGAAGUACUCCCUCUGUCCCAUAAUAUAAGAGCGUUUUUAACACUGCACUAUUAUUAAAAAUUCUCUUAUAUUAUGGGACGGAGGGAGUACUUAAUUUGCAACUUGAACUGAGAUUCGCUGCAUAAUUUCAUAGUGAAAUAUCUAAAAAUUACUUUUUCGAUAAAGGGUGGAUUUUAUUACUCAAAAUUAAGCAUCAAGAGGAUACAAACAUAGUGAGCACACACCCGGCCUCUACAUAGCUAAGAUGCGCACAGCCAACACCAACGCACACACAAAAACCGCCAGCAAGUAGCAAAGUCAUAUAAGACCAAAGCUAUGCCUAAGCGAGUAAAAAGAAAAACGCCCUGAAGCGAUCAAAAUCAUGAUCGACAAACUACAACAAUGACCAUAUCCACAUCAACCAUCUCAUAACACCACAAGGACAAUGAUGUUCUUCAACAGCAACGCCUUCAAGAAGGGAGCGACGCUCGAGUGCCGCCGUCACUGGAACCAACCACCAAAGGCCAGUGUCUAGGUUUUCACCCUGAAGAAACAGUCCGAGCAUAUCCGAGCAAUGCCUUCAACAAGGUAACGAUGACAGAACAUCGUCAUUGCCAGGUAUAACCGUCAAGGGCCAGACCUAGGUUUUCACCCCGGAGCUUGAGACCAGGUACUCAAAAAGCAACACCAUCGGACUCAAGCAUGUGUUGUAUCCACUACUUUUCCGCAAUUCUAGCAGCAGCAUGUGCUGGGUUUGAAAACCGAUAGCAACCGCUGCGCAACCAUACCCUCUGCAUCAAGUCAUCAUCCAUAGAUUGCAUAUCACCGCCAAAGCGACCACUAGAUCUUGAAGAGUAUCACUCGCAAAGACCCUUUAGUGUCCAUCGCAAUCUGCCGUGAGGCCGCUGCCACGCUGGUGAGUUCAUCCUGUCUUGCCGCGAUCCGCACCCGCCGUGCCAAAAGCCUUGCGGAAGAGCAGCGGAGAAUCCUGAUCCAGUUGAGGACGCUAGGGCCUCGCGCCGCCAUCCCCAUGGCCAGAUGCGCUUAAGCUAGACCACGUCGACGACUCAAUGCAGUAGGCGCCCUACAUGCGACAGCUAAAGAUAUGAGCCCGGUCGCAUCUUUGUUAGGCGGUACCAGCUGCGAUGGAGGACUCUGAUCUUGAAACAGUUUGCAUCCAAGAUUCAGCCAAAGCAAGCCAGCCGCGAUGGAGGAUCGUGAAACAAUCAGCAUCCAAGACGGCAAGUCAACCCUGCGCCACCGGCACAGAACCGGGCCACCUUGCCACCAGGAGCCACCCCGCCAGCGGACACCAAGCCCCGCCACCAACUGGCGAGUCGCCGUCGACGCGCCGCCACGAAACUGCUGCCCUGCAGCACGGGAGCCGCCGCGAGGAGAAGCCCCGCCGCCGCCGUCGGCCGCGCGGGCUUAGCCCGGCGGCGUCCUCCGGCGGCGGCGCAGUGGGAGUAGAGGAUAGAUCGGGUGGCGGCGCUAGGGUAGGACGUGCGCCCGAGUCGCCCUGGGCUGGGCGACGCGGGGCCCUUCCUGCGUACCGUGCGAAAGAGAAGAUCCAGGCGAAGCUGCAUGAAAAUGACCAGUAACUACUACCACUUGCCAACAGGAUAUCAUUUUCCAUUUUAUCUAAUGAACCAAAGGUUUGGGUCACUUGUUUGGUGGAUAUCCCUUUCAGGAAUAAAGGUGAAAGAUCACUUCCUACCUCCCUGAAUGGCAGUCCCUCACCAAACUGGGGCCUUCUAGGGGGGGAGGGCAAACUAGGCCCUUAAUGACGAUAGGUGCUGGAAAUGUUUUGUAAGAAAGCUUUGCCGGCAAGGAAGAAAUGUACCCCACCCAACUGUGAUUAAAUCACCGAAAUGAGGAAGGAAGUUGAAUCAUGAAGCUAAUUAGUUUCUCUGGGAAAACAAAGCUUUGUAACAAGCCCAAGAGCACCUUUUGCAUUUCCGGGCUAUUGUUAAGGAGGCCAUCCUAAA